GAUUAUAUACUAUUUACUUUUAUUUUUAGAUUAUUUUCUCCACCAAAAUUUCCAAAUAAAAUGGCUAGUCAAUGUUCUAAAGUUCCUGCACCUUUUAGAACAUUAAUAUAUUGUGAAGGUGUACAUUAUGGAACAGAACAAGAUUGGAAUUUAAUUUUUGAAUUAUUUAAAAAUGAAAAUGUUCAAGUAGAAAAAGAACGUUUGCUUAAUGCAUUGGCUUGUUCUAGAGAUACACAUUCAUUAAAAAUGCUUCUUACAAUGGCAAUUGAUGUUAAUAAUACAAGUAUUCGUUUACAAGAUAAGCCUCUUGUUUUUAAUUAUAUUGGAAAUAGAAUUAUUGGGAAGAAAAUUAUUUUGGAUUUUUUUAUUGAUAAAUGGCCAAGAAUUUAUCAAGGGUAUGAAAUAUUUUUUAAAUAA